UAAAGAAUUUGGACAUUUUGGUAAACAGAAAAAUAAAGAAAUAAGAGCUAUACACGCUGAUAAUAUCAAAAAUAUUAACGCUUGAGGAGAACAAGCUGAGGGAUUAAGGCUUAAGUUUCAAACCCAUUAACUUAUCAUUUACCUCUUCGUGCAAUAAGGAAUGUCAUGGUCUUACUUGUGUUCAUUCUUUAGAUUUCAAGUGCAUCCAGCAUCAGCAGGUGGCGUGACUUAUCACCAGCGAAUAAUGUUCAUCGUUUCAAGUACCCUUCAACUUGUACUCGCCAGUGCUCUGGUGUUUUUAGGUGUGAGUGGAAAUCUUGCCAUUCCCUUUAUUUCUUAUCGUUCAACCCUCAGAUGUCCUCACAUAACAGUUUUAGCUGCACUCGACUUCACGGCCACACUGCUUGGCCCUGGGCACUUCCUCGUGACUCUUGUUACAGGCCUGGUUUGGUGGGAACAUAAUAAGACACUCUGUCAGAGCUUGACGUUUCUAAACUUCUGGGUGCAAUUCGCUUGUUUCUUGGUUCUGUUUGUUCUUGCUCUGUUUUGUCAAAACAUUGACCAUCAAUUUCCUUUAUACGGCAAACUGCACGUCAAGAAGAGAGGAAUUCUUUUUCUUGUAAUUUCCCUCUUAACAGGGUUACUUUUCAGCAUUCCUCCUAUUCUGGGGUGGAGCUCAUACAAUGGUCUCUAUUUAUUGAAUCCUUGCUCCUUGCUCAGCCACGUUCAUAAUUUGUCUUACUACACCAUCAUCUAUCUUGUUUCCUCCCUUAUCGUUUUAUUCAUCACUUUGUCUCUAACUGUGAGAGCAAUAAGAAGACGGCGCCGGUUUUACCCGCUGCAGCUCCUCUGGGAAAGACACAAAUUGGAAACGAUGAUCAAUGAUCCUGAAAUGACAACUACUGCUUCGUCAUCCAAGUCAUCGUCCAAGACAAGCUUUUCCAGGCGAUCGAGUGUGAUUUCUGGUAGACUAUCGGGUGUAGUUUCCUCUUGUAACAGUCCUUUGCCAUUCAGAAAGACUUCUCAGAGAUCUCGCCCAAUCGAAGGCAAUCUGAAUGUUCUACUGGAAAUCAUUGCUCGGGAAAGGACGCUCAGUGUGCAAGCCGGAAACGUAGGCGAAUCAAGUACUACCACGGGAGUCUCAGAGCAGGUAAUACCUAGUGCCACUACUGGGAGGUCCCUCUCUGGUAUCCCUGGGAAGCCGUUUGUCAUUUCCUCACAGGUCCCCCAUCCAAUGUGGACAGGGAGAAAGAGAAUUUUCCAUGACCCGCGGUCUCUCCCACCGUUCAAAGGUAUAAAGCAACAGAAGUCCUUUUGCAGACUGUUGUUACUCAGAUGUUGCCUCAGCAUUUUGUGUUGGUUACCUCUCUGCACCUCGGUUGCACUAAGCCUUUGUUUCACCAACUACCCUCAACAACUAAAUACCAUCAUAAAAUUUGCGAUUUAUCUUCAUUCCUCCAUCUCCCCGCUGUUGCCAUUGUUUGACGCCAGCUACAGGAUGAUUUGCCGCCGGGCAGCGAUUUUCUGCUUCAAGCCAUGUGCGAGAAAAAAUGACACACACGUGGACCUGUCCAGGUCACGUGAUGUGGAUCCCAGGAAUGACGGGGGCCAGGAUGUUCGAUUACAAGACGUGGUUCGUCUUGAGGGAUCGAAGCUUUAAAUAGCAUUGAUUUUAAGCAUGGUAUUUUUAUUAGCUGUUCUUCCCCUGAUCCGUCUCUUCGCACAUGGCAUUUUCUAGGAAUCCCCUCGAAGAACUCUGACGCGAGUACUGAAGAGAGUAUAAUAUACAAACUGAUAUCUGUAACACACUGAUAGCGUUUGCUAAGUUUUUUUCUUUUUCAGAAAAGUUAGAACUCUGCAAUCUUACAUUUUUGUUUUGAGAACAGAGACCAGUGGUUAGUAAAAAUACUGUAAUAGCUUUAAAAAGUGACUGUAAGAAGGAAAAGGUUUUAGUCUUUAAGUCAAGCUCAAGCUUGUAACUCCAACUUAACGUCAGAAAAUGUAGUUGCUGCUGAAACAUGA